CAUUAUACCGACGGCAAUAAUGACCCUACAUGCCGGAUAUUAAAAUAAUCAUUAUCUCCUCCUUUCCCCGUUUCCCUUAUUUAUACACAACUCUCCUCUCUCUUAUUACACACACGACUCAUUACAGAACACACAGAACACAGAAACAAAAGUGAGACAGCACAGAACUCUCUCUAACUAAUCCCGAAAGGUUUCAAAAGGGUAUUUUAGUCAAACCAUCAUGGACGCUUUUGAUGCGAUUCCAGAUCCUGUGGUCAUCGACAUUUUAAACAAAGUCGGUGACGUCAAAACGUUGAUACGGUGCCGUUCCGUUUCUAAACGAUUCAACUCGUUAGCCACUCAGUCCGACUCGCUCCUUCUCCAGCUCGAUCAGAUCCUCGGAACCACCGAUUCUGACCCCGAGAUCGAUUCCCCGAUCGCUAGCUUUUUCCGAUCUCUGUUCAAAUCGAUUCACGGCUUCCUCCCUAUCUUCCCCAAACCAGCUGACCCGGCCGAGAUCCUAACCCGAUCUCCGAAAACUCCGGCUCAGAUUCUCGUCGGAUUUGAACGGAUCCGGAACCUUGAGGUGGAGUUAUACGGCGGCGAUGUCAAGCUAGAGAAAGGCGCCGCCGUUAAGUGGAAGGCUGAGUUCGGUAAAACACUCAAGAGCUGUGUCAUCGUUGCUUUCCGUUCCGCCACGGUUAAUACUACUCCAGCAGCUACCGCCGCCGUCGUCGUCGACGGUGCUGUGGAGUCUGAUUCUGAGUUCGUCUGUGGGUUGAAGACGCGCGUGGUGUGGACGAUCAGCGCGUUGAUGGCGGCUUCGACGCGUCAUUACCUGAUGAGAGAUUUGGUGAAAGAUCACAAGGAGAUGGAGAAAUUGACUGUGCGUGACAGAGAAGGUGAAGGUACGGUGGUGAUGGACGCUGCGGGGAUGAAAGAAUACAGAGAGACGGAGGCGCGUGAGGAUGAUAAAGGAAUUGAGCGCGUCGGGGAACGCACUGUGGUUCCUAGCGUGAGGAUGAGUAUGAGACACGCGCCGUCGCUGAUGCUUAAGAGCGGGAUUUGUCUCGAAGCCGCGACGCUUGUGGUCGUAAGGCCGAGUGGUGUAGCUUCAGAUGAUAACGACGCCGAGCUGGUGACGGAGGCUUUCGCCGGAGAUGGCGGCGAUUGUAUGUACGGGGAAGCCGUUACGGCGUUGCUCAAGCGUAGGAGGAAUGUGUUAGAGAUGAAUUCUUUCUAGAAUUUGAUUCUUUUUUUUUAAAGGCCUAAUGGGCUUUUUUGGGCUGUCGUUUGUUCGGCCUUUUUCGUAUGUAUAUAAAAAAUACGAAUCGUACAAAGCCGGUUGUACUAUUGACGUACGACUUUGGUCAAAUGACAUCAAAUCUGAAUUAUUUUUCUCUAAUAUGAUAUGAUUACCAAACA